GCGUUAGCCAUCUCUCCUCGGUGACUGUGCGGACUCCUCAUAUCAAACAUGAAGCUCCCGGGACUGUUGGCUGUGAUUUUAUUCGUCUGUACUGACCGGAGAAGCUCCGGCCUGUCCCACCCCAAACCGGCAUGCCGUUACCCGCCGUCUCAGUGGUGUCGAUCCCUGGAGAUAGCAAUAUCAUGCAAUGUUCAGAAGCAAUGUAUGGAGAUGAAUGCUAUCCGACCAAACCAGACUGUUCCUCCAGUAUCUGUCACUCUGUACUAUGAGAGUUUGUGUCCGGACUGCAGAGUCUUCAUCACCCAGCAGCUCUUCCCUACCUGGACCAUGCUGCAGGACAUCAUGGCCGUCACUCUGGUCCCGUACGGUAACGCUAAGGAGAUUCCAUCAGCAAAUUCUCCCUUCACAUGUCAGCAUGGAGAGCCUGAAUGCAUAGGAAACAUGAUUGAGGCCUGUAUCAUCCAUCUAACGGGACACUCAGCAUUUCAGAUAAUCUACUGCAUGGAGUCUGCUACAGAUGUUCUCGACGCUGCCCACCCUUGUCUCCAGCUGUAUGCUCCCUCCGUCUCCUGGUCGAGUGUUAACUCCUGUCUGAAGGGAGGUCUGGGACGCCAGCUGAUGCACGCCAACGCUGCCAUGACCAGAGCGCUGAACCCCCCCCACACACACGUCCCCUGGGUUACCUUCAAUGGGGAAUACACCGAGAAUGAGGAGAAGACAAUGUCGUCACUUUUCCGCUUGGUUUGCCAACUCUACAAGGGGGUGAAGCCUCCAGCUUGCACUGGAGCUCCAGUCAGACUGAACAGAAGCUUCUGCUAAACACAACAAAAACAACUUAACGUGUGGAAACGGCAAAUCCCAACAUGCAUAAUGUACCAAACUCCAUCAGUCAUAUUGACAUGGUUUUGUUUGUAGUUAAUAACCAUGUGACUGAGAUCUUACAUUGGGUUUUUAUUUGAAAGAUGAAUAAAUCUGUCUCGUCUUCAACAUA